UGUUGUUUUUGCACUACCCCCUUUUUGUUUUGUUGGGGUUAGCUGAGGCCUGAAUUUGAAGGGAAAAGAGGAAACUUUCAGAAGCAAGAGGAUGAAUGAUUGGGCUGCUCCUCUGAUCGCUUCGGCCCUGUUUGCGUUCCUCUCGCCGGGGAUGGUGGUCCAGAUGCCGGGGAAGAAUCAUCCGGUGGACUUCUUGAACAUGAAGACUAGCUUACCCUCCAUAUUUGUGCAUGCUGUUCUGUACGGUCUGCUUCUGAUACUGUUCUUUGUUGUUCUUCACAUCCACUUGUAUGUAUAGGUAGAGACCCGAGUACGCUGCUAAAUAAUCCUAAAUAUAGGUACUGUUGUGGAUUCUCUCUC